AUGUACACAGAUCAUCAGGGCACUGAUGAUCAGUGUGCCCUAAUGAUCAGUGUAGCCCCAGCAGUGCCACCUGUCAGUGUCCAUCAGUGCCUUAUGUCAGUGCUCAUCAGUGCCAGUGCCCAUCAGUGCCACAUCAGUACCACAUAUCAGUGCCUACCAGUGCACAUCAAUGCCACAUAUCAGUGCCCAUCUGAGCUGCCUUUCAGUGUCACCCAUCAGUGCCAGUCAGUGUCACCUAUCAAUGCCAAUCAGUGCCACCUAUCAGUGCCAGUCAGUGCUGCCUAUCAGUGCGCAUCAGUGCCGCCUAUCAGUGCCUGUCAUCAGUGCUGCCUAUCAGUGUCAGUCAGUGCCGCCUAUCAGUGCCAGUCAGUGCCGCCUUUU